CCACCAGGCUACGCAUUACAGAGAAGUAGAAUCAAGUUUCCCAACCGUGAUGGCUAAUGUUUCUGUAAUAACAGUGUUUGUUCUUUCAGGGUUAAAUGAAACAGUGAACCACAGAUCUAUUAUCUUCUUUCUCAGCUUGCUGUGUUACUGCACAAUACUUGUGGUGAAUGUUUCUCUGAUUGUGAUCAUCAUCUUGGAUAACAGCCUCCAUGAACCAAUGUAUAUUCUGCUGUGUGCUUUUUUCAUGAAUGGACUUUAUGGAACAACAGGUUUCUACCCCAAAUUUCUCUGGGAUCUGCUCUCUCCUGUUCACGUUAUCUCUUAUUCUGGAUGUCUUGUUCAGGCUCUGGUCAUGUACUCUUUUGCCUGCAGUGAUCUGUCCAUUCUUGCUCUCAUGGCCUAUGACAGGUAUCUGGCUAUAUGUCGACCACUGGAGUACCACUCUGUCAUGUCCAAGCACAGAGUCACUAAGUUAGCAUUUUUCUGUUGGUUAAUGCCUUUCUGCAUUAUAGCAACAAACAUCUAUCAAACAUCCAGGGUAAAGUUAUGCAGCUCACAUAUUGACAGACUGUUUUGUGUGAACUGGAGCAUUGUUCAACUGGCAUGUUUUCCAGAAGAAACCACCAUUAAUGGCAUAUUUGGAAAUGUUACAAUAACCAUUUAUGUGCUUCAUGGUCUUUUCAUAGUUUGGUCCUACUUGUAUCUCAUCAAAACCUGCACCAGUUCUUUAGAAAACAGAGCUAAGUUCAUGCAGACAUGUGUACCACAUUUGACCUCCUUAUUCACUUUUUCUUUCACUGUGCUCUUUGAUCUUAUGACUUUGCGACUUGCUUUAAAAGAUUUUCCUCAAAUGCUUACAAACUUCAUGUCUAUAGAAUUUCUCAUCAUACCUCCUAUUAUGAAUCCUCUCAUUUAUGGUUUUAAACUGACUAAAAUUCGAAAGAAAUUUGUUUGUGUGGUUUCUUUUAAAAUUAAUGUAAAUUAGCAUUUUAUUGCAUUCAAAUUAUUGAUUUAUUUAGAAUUUUAUGCUUUUUAAUUAUAUGUCUUAAACCAGAUGUAUCCACUAAGGGGCACCUUAACAGCUGUACAAUUAUACAUUUACACUAAAUGUAUUUUGGAUGGUCACUUACCUGAAAAUUGUUUAGCAAUUAGGAAUGCAAUAGAUGUAAAUAUGAAAUCUGAUAUUUCUGAUUAUGUUUUUGAUCAUGUCAGAUAUUUGCAGUGAUUUUGCUUUUUCAAUAGACUGGACAUGCACAAAAGACAAAAGACAGGGAGGCCCAACACCUGUUGAAUAACAUGUAGGUGGACUAUCUGAAACAAAAACAGUCCACUAGAGGACUCUAGUGGCUUAUUGACAGAUUCAACAUGUGCCAUUUAUCACACCAAGAAAAAAAGGAGAUUUUUACAGCAUGUAAAGACUUUAACUGUGUUGUAUAAAUAUUUUUUCUGUCAUUUUGACAUUUUCUGGACAUGUCUUUGUCUGAUGAUCACCACAACUAUGAUUUUGUUGAUUGUAAUUUGUUGCUGAUAAUUAUGGGCAACAAUUUCUACACUGAUGAGAUCCUCAGUUUUAAACAUGUUGGCUGAAACCCAAUAUUGUUUCUUCAUUUCAUCUCUUGAAUUUGACAGCUACUGUUUUGACUGUUUUUCAGAAAAUCAAUUUAAGAUAAUUCCAUCUUACAAAGUUCACCUCAAAGAGAAUUAACACUGUGAAUUUCAGUAUUAUUUUUUUUAGCAGAUUUAGAGGUGUGUUCUUUUUGUCAAAUCAGUUGAAAGAUCAGAAAUACUUCAAUUUAUCAGGAUUCAGUUCCACUUCUAUCUUUUUUCUUAAAUGAGUGUUUUACUUGUUUAAAUUGAAGCUGUGUUAAGCUCACUGGAGUGUUUUCCUGGUUGAAAUUGCCUGCGAUAUUUGCAUUACUUCAUUUCUGCUCAGUCAAACAAGCAUUGUCACUUUAUGUACUUCACAAUUCACAGCCACUAUGACUGAUGUGUUCUUUAAAGCUGAAUAAAUAAUGAUUUUCCUGUUCUUUAGUAUAAAUAGCCCAUGCGUUAAAUUCUAAAAACAUAUUACUUACAUAACUGACAGGACAUAUGUGUGAAUUGUUGCUAUGGACAGUUUUAAUGUAAAAGCUUUUAUUUUGAAGUUGCCCAGAAGUAAUUAGCUUUUGUGAUGGUGUUGAACUCAGAUGUAAAUAUCUGUUUGUUUUGUCUAUUCUCUGUAAAAUCAGUGUCCAGCCAUUAUGUGAAGCUGUGAACACACAACAUAUUUAUUAGCAUCUAUUAGGAUGUGCUUAAAGGAUUUAAAAGUCUCUUUACAUCUAGCAUGUUUGUUUUGGUGAGAACUGAUUCAACUGUGUCGCUUACUAAGGAGUUUACGACUUUCAUAAGGAGUGUGAGCAAUUUCUUUUUCAUCAAAGUCUCUUCAACACUUAGUCUAAAUUGAUAAUUUUCUCAGACAAACUGAGAAUGGUGCCCCUAAAUUAACGAGUGCAAUUUUAAUCAUAAAGUGUUACUGAUGUUACAGAUCCAGAUGUUAUCUGAAUGCUGUGACUUUGUUUAUGACAUUUACUGCGAGUUUCCAGGACUGUUGCUUUGAAUAGAUGAUAAACUUUGCUGCAAUGUUUCAGAAAAUUUGAUUUAAGCUGAACCCUGAGCAACAAAGCAGAAUUGCUGUGAGCCCAAUAAUUGUACGUAACUUUCAAACGUAGAGUGAACUUUGCUUCGCUGUGCCAGAAAGCUUCAAACUAUAUGAUACUGAAGAAUUUGCCUGCACCAGAGCUGCAGUAGCUUCAUAAAUUAAGCCCUGAUUAUUCUUGUUCUUUGCCUGUGUAGGACUUGAUCCACACAUGUUAAUGUCUCAGUAAAGACAGAACUCCCUCAAGUUUUUAUGACAAGCUAAGAAAUAAAUCAAAAUUGCUUAUCCAAUCAUUUUAAGUUUGAGAGGGAAAUUAUUUAUGUAAGAAAAGUUAAAGUAACCCGUUGCUGUGUUGCAACAGAAUGAGAACUGUUGUAUAGUGAAGAAAUAAAAAUUCUUACUUAUUUAGAAAUUUGAGAGAGCGUGAAAAGAAUCUGUUUAAUUGUGCACAAAGCAAAAAAUGCUUGAUAACUGUUAAAAACUCACACAGAAAAAACGUGUGAUCAAACUUAAAGAGCCGCCAUGCUCAGACCCAUUGCUAGAGUUGUUGAACAAAGACAUCAAGUAAAGUGUCAUGAUCCCUGCUCCAGUCCCUGUUUCUCCCCUUCAUUCUCCCUCCUGGUCUCUCCUUCUUCCUCCUGUUCACUCUGUAUCUGUCUAUCUGUUUUGACCUGUCUGUUCUCUUUGGCUCUCUCUGUCUAUCAUCUCUCCCUCUUGUCUCUCUCGUCCCUGUCUCUUGCUCUCCCUGCUUCACCUGCCUGCAGUCAGCUGAUUACUGCACGUGACUCGCAUUGCAGUAAUCAGCUCACCUGCCCACAAUAUCACCUGCUCACUAUUUAAACUCUGCUCAUUCACUCAUUCCCCAUCGGACCAUAGAUUCUGUUGCCUCCUGGAUUCAGUUUCUCCCCACCAAGCCUGCUAACUCCUGACUGCUCCCUUGGACUCUGCUGCUCCCCCUCAAUCCUGCAUUUCCCCCACUUGGACUCUGUUUUGCUCCUGUCUGUUCAUGGAUUUUCCCCAGCCUGUUUUCCCCCUCGGUUUUCCCCCAUCUUGUG